AUGAACUCCAGCAGCUCCAUCCAAAACUCUCACAACAACGACAAGGCCCUCAACGACAACCAUCCAGCACCCAACAGCACCGGCCUUCCCAUCUUCUACGACUGUGGCAGCGACGGCGAAGGCAGUUGUGGUGCUGGUGGCAGCAGCGGAGACGAGAACGAUUACGGCCAGAAGGUCGUCCAACGCCAACCAAGACGGCAGCGCACCCCACCACCACCUCUCAAGACCAUCAUCGACAAGGCCGCCAACAAGACCUACCGACAGACCCAUCUUCUGGGCGAAGGUUCGUUCGGACAAGUUCAUGUGGCUGUCGACGAGAAGGGCGAAAAGGUCGCUCUCAAGACCUUUAAAAUAUUUGACAUGGAGGAGGCGGAUGCUGAGCAAGAGUGGCAAGCGUGCAAAACGAUCCUCGACCACCAGCCCCACCACCCCAAUGUCGUCGCCCCCAUCAGUUACUUCAAGGACGGAAUGUUCCCUUGUUUGACGAUGGAGCUGUGCUCCAACAAGAACCUGGACACCUUGUUGGAGGCCAGGAGAAGUCUUCAGGAACACGAAGUCCGGUAUUUCGGACAGCAACUGGUGGCCGGCGUGGCUCACUUACACAGUUUGAACCUGGUCCACCAUGACCUGAAACCACUCAACCUCUUGCUGACAGAGGAGUUGGUGUUGAAGGUCGGUGACUUUGGUCAAACGCGAGAUCUGAGAGAGGGCAAGGAGUUCCGGAAUGUGGUCGGAACUCCUGGCUUCCAGGCCCCCGAGGUUCUCAAUCGCAAGGGGCACACCUACGCCCUGGACGUGUUCGCCAUCGGGGCCAUCCUCUUCAGGAUGUUGCUUGGUGUCACGUACCAGCUCCCUGGCAAGAGGAAGCCUCUUAAUAUUAGCGUAAGCAUUAGUCCCAACGCUAGGGACUUGCUUGAGAGAACCCUCGAGAGCGAUCCUGGGAGCCGGAUCGCGAUGCCCGAUCUGCUGGCUCACCCCUUCCUGACCGACGGGCCUGUGCCGCAGAGUGUCUCCUGGGACAUUUUGCGCACACCUGCUCCCCUGCCAACCGAGGACGACGCAUCAGACCCUGAUGGCGCUUAUCAGGUUGAGAUUAUCAAGUCGCAGGAAGAGGAGGAUGCCAAGACGCCGGAGGAGCAGAUCGGGUCCCAGUUGGACGAUUCCGUGAAGGAGGAGGGGGGUGAAGAAGAGGAGGAGGCCGCCCAGACCUUGGAGGUGGCCGAGCCCUUAGAGCCAGUCGUCGACCUUGACGACAUUGACCUCGAUGACAUUUUUGAACAGGUCGAGGAGGCAAAGAAGGCCAAGAGAGCCAAGAAGGUCUUGGAGGACGACUCGGACGACUCGGACGAGGAGGGGACCCAGACCCAGGAGGAGGCCACCCAGACCUUGGAGGUGGCCGAAUCCUCAGAGCCCGUCGUCGACCCUGACGACAUUGACCUCGACGACAUUUUUGAACAAGUCGAGGAGGCAAAGAAGGCCAAGAGAGCCAACAAGGUCUUGGAGGGCGACUCAGACGAUGACGACUCGGACGAGGAGGAGGCCCAGACCCAAGAGGAGGCCACCCAGACCUUGGAGGUUGCCGAAUCCUCAGAGCCCGUCGUCGACCCUGACGACAUUGAUCUCGACGACAUUUUUGAACAGGUCGAGAAGGCAAAGAAGGCCAAGAGAGCCAAGGAAGUCUGGGAGGGCGACUCAGACGAUGACGAGGAGGAGGAGGAGGAGGAGAGAGUCAAGGGCCGCAAGAAGGCCAAGGUCAUGCAGAAGGGAGCGACGAGGGAAGAGAAGGCACCGGAGGACAAGGACGGAGGUCAUGGUGGUGACCAGGAUUACUGGCACACCUACCUCCGUCGGUAA